GGCACGUGGGAUGCACUGAUUAAUUUAGAGGAAAAAAAUAGUUACAAAUACAGUUGCAAAGAUCUAUUACUGAUCCAGAUCUCUUCUCUACCUCUCUCUCAGCUUCAAACAAGUCAGCAGACAUCUAGGUAACAUCCUCGUUUUCAAAUCCCAUCUCCCAGGUGUUUUACAUAGGAUGGCCUUGGUUACCACUGCUGAAGUUUGUGAUGCAAACCCACAGCUUAUUGUGAGUGGUGAACUACGUGCACUGCAGCCAAUCUUCAAAAUAUACGGCAGGCGCCAAGUCUUCUCAGGACCUGUUGUCACUCUGAAAGUAUUUGAAGACAAUGUUUUGGUCCGUGAGUUUCUCGAGGAGAAAGGUAAUGGAAGAGUUCUUGUCGUCGACGGAGGCGGCAGUCUGAGAUGUGCAAUUUUGGGUGGCAACCCUGUAGUACAAGCUCAAAACAACGGAUGGGCUGGGAUUGUAGUAAAUGGUUGUGUAAGAGAUGUGGACGAAAUCAAUGGUUGUGAUAUCGGAGUAAGAGCUCUGGCGCCACAUCCAAUGAAAGCCAAUAAGAAGGGUAUUGGAGAGAAGCAUGUUCCGAUAACCAUUGCCGGGACUAGAAUCUGUGACGGUGAGUGGCUUUAUGCAGAUACUGAUGGUAUUUUGAUUUCAAAAAUGGAGCUAUCUGUUUGAGAAUGUUCCCAUACCAUAUUAAGUACACAUCAGUUGUGAACUUCUAUUUUUAUAUAUAGCUUAUGAUGGGACUAGUGCUAUAUAUGUAUUGCAAUUAUGAGAUCUGUUAAUCUGUUAUCUUCUGUAAGUCAAACUCAUUAUCACUGGAACACAUUUAACUUAAUUUUACUCUAUUUCCCCUUA